AUUCAUCAACGGUAGUUAUACCAGCACGCCGACUCUUACACUUCACGAUGUUGCGACUUACAACGCCAUUCAUACUCUUGCGAAAAUCUGUCGACGUCUUCAGGUCAACUAGAAUCACAGUAUGUUCACGGCUUUUCACCAGCAAUGACAAUGGCGAGAAGCCGGAAACAUUCAACUAUAAGUUGCGCGAGUAUCCAGAGUUGCGCAGGGAGUUCAGAAAAUUAGGUUUGAACAAAGAGGUCUAUGCCAAAGUUCGAGGGGUGCCGGAGUUGUACAAGCUUCUCAGAGCUGGAAGUCGUAUCAGAGCCCGACGAUGGCUCGCCGCAAGACCCGAUCGCGCCGAAGAAAAUAGAAAGAACGCGUUCGCUUGGUUUCAGGCGCACAAGGACGACGACAACUGCAUGCGGAGGAAGAGGAUACAUAAUUGGGCUUUCAGACAAGACGUACCGGGCAAAAGUGCCUGGAUACGAGAGCAUCUGCCAUGGAAGUUGUAUCGACCGAUGUUCUAUCCCGAGGGAGCUUUGUAUCAUUGUGAAGGAUGCAACUUCGUGCGCCACUAUCAGAACAAGACGUGGUAUGUAGUCUCCGUUACCGCAGAUCGUCCUCCCGGAUCCGCAUGGCACCAGCCAAUCCACUCUUGAUGAGAGGCAUCUGCCCAGAUGAAGCGAGAUGACCUUCAUGCUGGUCUUUGAUCAUUGCUGUAUAUCAGUGGUGUAUCCCAAUAUACAAUGUUUGCUUGCUGAUUCUACGUAAAACAGGUGGGUGAGCACAACAGAUUCAGAACCUCGCAGUCGUCUGUGUCAUGGGUGCUAUACGAGGU